AUUGUUCGAUAAAAUAUUUACAUUCAGUACUUCCGCUCGACCUUCAAAAUGGCAACUUGCAGGGGUGCCGGACAAAUUGUCCGAAAGUUUUCUACAUCAGCUGUCAAAAAUAAACAAGUACAGCUGCCCCUGCGCCUGUAUGGUCUUGAGGGACGGUACGCUACUGCACUGUAUACUGCUGCAACCAAGGAGAACAAACUGGACCAGGUGGAGAGUGAAAUCAAGGCUUUCCAGGGUCUUGUUAGCAAAGAUGCGAACCUUGCUGCUUUUCUGAAAGACCCUUCCCUGCAGAGACAGUCCAAAGUCAGUGCUAUGACUGCAGUUGUGAAAUCUUUGAAGUAUUCCAACAUCACCAGUAACUUCUUUGAAGUGUUAUCUGAUAAUGGAAGAUUGCCGAUGUCGGACAGUGUGAUUGCAGCCUUCAACAAGAUCAUGGCUGCUCACCGAGGGGAGGUCACCUGCACUGUCACAGUGGCUGCGCCUCUGGAUGCUGCUGGCCAGAAGGAGCUGUCAUCUGCUCUCAAUGGAUUCCUGCAGCAGGGACAGUCUCUCCAUCUCACUGUUGAGGUUGACCCAGACAUUAUGGGUGGGAUGACUGUGAACUUUGGAGAAAAGUUUAUCGAUAUGUCGACUGCCUCGAAGAUCAAGAAAUACACGGCUGUGCUAAAGGAGUCUGCGUAGCCGCCCUGACAUUAGCAAGAGGCUGCAGGGAAUCCAGGGCUGCUACCUCACAAGAGAAACUGUUUAGGACAAUGGUUUUUGUUUUGAAAUUUAGGAUGUGCUAUCUCAUUGGAUGUUUAGUAAUUUACUAUGUAAGGUUUGACUGAUAUUGUGAUUGAUUAAAAACCAGAAAACAA